AUGGCCGACCCUGCAAGACAGAUCGAGGCUCUCACAGCGGCUGUAAACAGCCUUUUACAGCUUCAACUCAACAAAGAAAAAAGCGAAGCAUCAUCCUCAGCUCACACAUCAUCACAUUCGGAGAUGUACAAUCAUCUGAGUACACGUGUAGAAAAAUACCACUACGGCACGGGCGACGAAACAAAGCCGUUCGCAAAAUGGCUGCUACGCCACGAGUACACUGUGGUCACGGAGGCUUCGUGCCUGCCACCUCAGAUGCAAACACGCCUUGUAUUGGACAAGCUCGGGCAGACGGAAUUCGAUAGGCUUGUGGAUCACGUCGCACCUACAGAUUCGUCAUCUAUGACUCAAGAGGCUCUUAUAACGACAUUAAAGGAACUCUUCCGCGACAAGAUUCCUAUUACUCGUCGUCGCAUAGAAAUACUUAAUUAUCGUUACGAUAGAUCAACCCCGAUUACGGAACAUCUAGGUCGUAUCAAUCGUCAUGCUGCCGAUUUCGACCGUUCCAAACUGACUGACGAUAAUCUUCGUAUCCUAUUGUUGCUGCAAUUGUUCUGUUUCUCUAGUGAUAACGACGAACUAAAGAAGAUCGCGCUUCGCGUCAUCGAGAAGAACCAAGCCGCGUCUCUUAAGGAUGUCGUCGCCGAGCUCGAAGCUUAUAUGAACGUCGCGUCGGGUUUAAAAACGCUCGGGAACCCGACAAAGCAUUCUCAAGUUUCCGUGUUAAAUAUCGCGCAAUCGAAACGCAAAGAGAAAAAAGCAUCAUAUCGGAAAUCUACACCGGAAGUGGACACGUCGAAAGCCAAGCCAUCAUUCGCAAUGACACUACAAUACGAUACCGGAUCAGAUAUUACGGUAAUCGGUAAAGAAGACUGGAUUCGUAUCGGUUCGCCAAAAUUAGUAUCAAGCAAUACCGUUGAACACGCUGGCGGGAGUGAAUUUGACAUUAUCGGCAGAUUCUACUGUACGAUCCGAGCACUCGGCCGCAACGGAGUUAACCUAUUCGGUCUUAACGCCAUCGAUAGCCUUAACUUGUGGUCAACGCCGUUAUCCGAGCUGCAUCCGGGCAGUCCCGCGUUAGACUCACAACCCGCAACCUCGCCGACAUCAAAGGCAUCAAGCGUGCACCAGAUGUACGCACAGCCGCCUAAUCUCUUGAAGAGUGACCAGGGGGUCACACCUAACCUCUUGAAGAGUGACCAGGGGGUCACAUCACAACACAACGUUUACCUCGAGGACGUCCUUCAACACUUUCCGAUUUUAUUCGCCGACGAUUUAGGAACUUGUAGCAAUUUCAAAGUGAAGUUUAAUAUUGCCAGAGACGCUCGUCCAGUCCAGUCAAAAUGUAGACAGAUCCCGUAUGCGAUAGAAGCUCUACUCGCCGAAGAAUUGAAACGGCUCGAAUCCCUUGGCAUCAUUGAAUCGGUAGCAACUUCAAACUGGACAUCGCCAAUCGUCAUCGCAAAGAAGCAGAAUGGCAAGAUACGCCUAUGUGGGGACUACUCGACAGGUGUCAACAGCGUUUUAAUCAGCAACAGCCACCCCCUGCCUACUGUUGAUAACAUCAAUGCAAAACUUAACGGAAAUCGUUAUUUCAACGUACUGGAUCUUAGUGACGCAUUUUUCCAGCUCGAAAUUGACAAAGAUCACCGUGAGAUCACUACUAUAGUAACACCAUUUGGACUUUACAGGUAUACUCGAGAACCGUUCGGCCUCAAAACAGCACCGGCUGAUUUUCAACAAGCUAUGGACAACACACUCGAGGGUCUCGAGGAGUGUCCGCAUAUUUUGAUGACGUCAUAG